UUUUCUCUUCACACCCCUACCCCACGAGACGCCCCACGAUACACACGAAUCCUCUGCAUACUACAAGGUGGUGAAGACGUGUGUGGGACGCUUGAGAAAUAUGGCGGAAUUGAUUGGUAUUGGCAAGGAGGCGGAAGCGGACGCCCAAGACGAUGUCGCCGUCAGCGGGUUUCACAAUCCCUUGUUUUCGAACGCUGUCUCCGGCGCUCCGAAAGACGAGAGGCUUUUCCCCACCACCAAGGGCGAGGAAGCGAACGAGCGCAGGAAGUCCUCGAGCAUGGUCAUGCGGCGGCACAUGAAGAAGGACUGCCGACAGGACGGCACGCUGGUCGAUAAAACCAAAAGGCGGGUGGAUCGGUCACAAAAGAUCACCAGCGAGAGACAAAUGAGGAGGGUCAGCUCCCUGGACGUGCCGGCCUGUGUCGCGGUGAAGUCGGAAGACGCUUCCGACGCUGGGGAGAUUCUGCAGCACUGCGCGUUUCAUAUGGAGGCCUUCCGGGUGCACACCAAGAACCAGACGGUAGCAGCAGGAGCGCCGACACCGACGACCUUCAUGUUCGUGUUCCACGGAGGACAGCCCAACCAAGCGACCCUCGAGGUCACGCACACGCCGCCUUGCCUGACCCCCGCGAGGGGGAAGGCGGGGGACGGCGGAGGAGAGGAGCCAGACCCUACCAGCGAAGGAGAGGGUCGCGUCACGAUGACACUGGGCGGGAACAACGUCCCGCACCGCCCGGGCGAGCCGUACUCGUGUUACAUCCGCCAGGUCGGACACGUCACCUUCAACCCGCGCAAACAGGCACGUGGCUACCUGUACAUCCUUAGCCAAGAAGGACGUACUCUGUUCACCUCGCUCAGCUGAGCAUUGCCCCGGCGGCAAGCAGCAGAGAGGGGGGGGUUGACAAGGAAUAGUUCUCUCCACCCCCCACCCCCUGAUGCCGCGCACAUGUUGUUGCAUCGGCAAAAAAGUCUUCGCGGCCUUGGUAGCGGAAAAGCGCCGGUGUCUACGCGGCGGGUCCCGGUGCACUCGAUGCUGGGCUCAGAUCGUUCACGUUCUUUGGUUUCUUGCCUCUUGACUGGUAGAGGGGAUUAUUUUUGUAGCACAGAUUUGGGUUCGAAGGCACAAGGUCUGGUUUCGACUCUCUGUUGGGUCUUAUUUUCGCGGCGUCAAGAACCUCUUGUGAGGCGUGUGUUUCGUUGCGACCAGGGGUCACGCACGAACGAGACCCAAAGAAAAGAGUGUCGGUUUCACGAGCGGGUUCCGAGUAUUGUAAUCCACGAACGACAGGCAGGGCGAAGACGGGGGCGCGCAUGCAGCAGCGCAUGCUGUGCGGCGGCAGUUUUGGUGGAUAAAAUGUAGCAUAAGGCACUGACACCACCGCGAAGGGGAGCGAUCGCGCAGGCGGACAACAGCAGUCGCAUCAGAUUUAUAUUCGACCGCGGGGGGGGAGGGGGUGGUGUACUUAUAGUCGUGCAUGCCGUAGUCGUUAGACCAUUGACCUCGCAUUCCUACAAAGCCGGGACGGAGCACGCGGGGUUCUCACCGGACCAGGCUCUCACAUCACAAAGCGCGAAGCGCCGUGAGGUAUUCGGGGGGGGGGGUACUUGUUGGGGGAGCAGGACCUCUCGUCCGGCGUGCGGAGAAGACAAAGUCGAAGGCUUGUUGUCAACAGCAUGCUUGUGAGAAAGUGCACGUUUGUUAUCGUUUGUUCCGCAACCUUUGUUUCACCCUCCGCUACUACUGCCCACCAGGCACGUCAUGCCGACCUCGAGGGAGGGGGUUUAGGGGGUUCUGUUACGAAGGGAAACUUAUUUGUGUGUUUUGUCUUGGUGUUGAUUUCGUGUGGAUGCUGGCGUGAUCCACACGGCCAAUGUUAAAUUUUGUUGGGGUUGUGCCAGAGAUGGAAGCGUUAUAUCGUUCUUCUUGAACACACAAGGGCGUGCGUGCUCUGCUGAGCGUCGACGCUUGUUGCCAACAUCUGAUGUUGUUUGCUUCUGUUUGUUCGUAGCUGUGCUGUUCAGCGUUGUCUUUUGCCUUCUAGCGUAGCACCACUCCCUCAGAGAGCUAGCUCGUCGUUUUGUGUCGCUUCCGUCUUUGCACGGGCGCCAGGGGCGGGCGGGUUCAUUGCAAUGACUCCGGAGAAAAGGAUUGGAGAUGUACGUAUGCUCCACGGUUGAUGAUGAUUAACAUCAGCAUGCAUGCCUCCUCCAGACGAUGCCAUAGAUUGACAGCGCCGGCAGGGCAGGGCGGGGCGAGGAGAGAAUCGCCUUCUUUCUGGUGACCGGCGUUGUACGUCCUUGUCGGAUCGGCGGAGCGGCCAAGAAAAGCUAUAUUAGGAUGGUCGAGGUUUCCUUGGAAACCCCGAGCAUUCUUUGUGGCACACGAGAUGCGGCGGGGGGGCAGAGACAAGAGGAACACGCACGCGCGCACCACGCCUGUUCCACCAGUUGUGCGUGGAGCGUUUAGCGGGGAGGCGAUGGGGCGCUGACUGACGAAAUGGCGUUCCCUAAACGAAGUGAUUCGAUAGCAAACGUGUUCUGAGGUUAUCCGGAAAGAAAAAGAGGGGAAUCGGGUUCUAAAAGAUGUUUGCUAGGAGUUGUAAGGGGAGGAGGCAUCCGUGUGAAGAAUACGGUUCGCGUGUCCCCCCACGGGUAGACCGGGUUGUGUGUGUGGUCGUGAUAGUGCUCGUUGCCGAUGCGUUAGAUUGAUGUUACAGAAGGCGGUUCAUGUAGAGGGUAACUAUUGUUUGUUAUUUGUGCGUAGUAUGGCGAUAAAGCCCUCAUUCCAAACAAUGACCUACAUAGUUCCGCUUGACUACAGAGAAAGGAGUCGUAUCUCUGUGAAGAAACAAUGUACAGGAAGUUGGAAAAGUAGGGACCAUGAUGAAGGGUGAUGUGGGAGGAUCUUCGCUUGAGAUAUUUCUUGAUUGGGCUGGGAAGGUUCUAUCAGCAAUGAUUGUGGCACUUUGAGGGGGAGGGCGUGGAGCGUGUGUUAUUGUUGGAAUAACGUCCGAUUACGACAGAGAGAAAGAUAAAAUUCAAGGCGAUGAUGCCCGUUGCGAAAAAGCAGUAACGUGGGCGGUCGGCACUAUUGCCUUCAACGGAUGUGUACAGUUUAAGUGAGUGGGGUUGCAGCAUGGCGGAAUUUUCUCAAAGCAACCAAAGUUUUGAGUUUCGACGGAACUUUUUUCGAUCUCUUCUUCGAAAGUAAC